AAUCAAUCAAGUAUUAUCAAAGGGGUUAAUUUAAUUGAAUUAAUUAAAAGUGUGCGUGUGGUCCCGGAUAUCAAAAAAUUCUGAAGCAAUCUAAAAUUCAAUAAAUUUGAUAUUUCUUCUUCUUAUUCCCCAAAUUCCAAAUCUUAGAACCUUAUUAAAAUGUCACUCUUUAAAACCCUUCAAAACUCCCCAGCCACCAUCUCAAUCUUCCAUAACAAGAAACUCCCUGCUCUGGGCACUUUGUACAGAAUUCUUGAAAAGGCUGAUAAUAAACUCAAUGCUUCAACACAACAAUUCCAAGUGGAUUUAAUGACCGAUAAGAUGCCAACUUUUGAUCAAUUCCAAUUUCUUGUCAACUCAUGUACUGCGGAUGAACAAGGUAGAUCGGUGUUGUUGGAUGCAUACCCAUUCAUGUCAGAAAAGAAAUCGUCUAAAGAUAGGCUGAAGGUUACUGUACAGCCCCCUGUUGGAGUGCAGGGAACAAAUUGGAAAACCUUCACUGAAGGAGAAUAUGCCAUAGUUCAUGAUGCCUUUGAACAUCUUUUAGCAGAAAGUAAAUCCGACAAUCCAGACCACGACCCAUCCGAGGUUUUCCGUGCUCCUUUAGUGGUUGAUUGGGAUCAAUGUCUUGUUGCUGGCGAUGUGACUUCCCUUGAACAUCUUUUAGCCAAGUACCAAGGCCUGAAAUAAUGGUCGCAUUGUUUAGUACACAGUACUCGAAAAGUACAAAUAAAUAAAUAAAUACAUAAAUCUAAAA